AUGUAUGUUCUUCCGAUAGUCGAGUACUGUAACCCCGUCUGGAGCCCCUACCUGGUUAAGGACAUUCAGAAGAUUGAAAAAGUUCAGAAAUCGUUCACUAGAAUUUUGUAUUAUCGAGCGUUUCCAAGUGUCGAUUACCCUCGAUCGUUACCAGACUACCAGACUCGACUUCGGGUGCUGAUCUUGAAGAGCCUGUUUCAGCGGCGUGUUGAAGCUGAUCUUGUUUUAGCAUUUAAGCUUCUGAAAAGUGAAUUGCGUUUGAAGCCUUCCCAGUUCUGGAUAUUCCGGCCAUCUCGUGGACGAAGAGGCACCUUCAAUGUUUUCAAUCACAAAAUGGGCAACAGAUGUCGGGAACUACGAGCUAACAGUUAUAUAAUACGAACUACGAAGUGGCUGCAAUCGUUGCCUUCCCAUCUUCUGGUGUUCGACAACUCAGCACAAUUCAAGAAGGCUGUCGCAAAAUCCAAUAUUUUGAGUCUGUUGGGCAUCGCCGACGUAUCUUGA